ACCGUUUUAGGAUUGAUGAUCGAUCGUCCGUUCAUUACCACUUCAGGUUCUUUCAUGAUUAUACAAUUACCGUCGGGUCACUUUUCGUUCAACACUUUCUUUUGUGGCCUUCAUGUUGCUCACAAUCUCUGGCCAACCCUGCAUUGCAGGUAAAGAUAUCACUAUCUAUCAAUCCGUUGUUUCCAGAUCUUUCGUUCGUGCUGCAAAUCUUGGCAAUUGGCACAACGAUUUCGUCUCUGCCACCGUUAACUUCGGUCUCAACAAUUUCGGUUACACGUUGCCCAUAGACUUUAUCGUUGUCAAUGAUGUUGCAGGUUUCGAUGCAAUAUUUGGUGUAGACUUCCAACAUCGGUGUCGAUCCUCCGAUUGUGUUCGGAUAUUUGACAAUUUGCCGUUUGUGCAGUCCUCGCUGGAAGCUCGCCUCCCGCUUCCGAUUUUACCUCACCUGACUGGUCAAUACGCUGUCAAUCCUCGUCCUUGCGUACCCGCCAUUCAGUCAGCUUAUUCUUCGCUGUCGUCGAGCACAUUUCCCCGCAAUAUGCCAUCGAAUAACCAAGACAACACAAACAUGUUCACUCCGCCUUCAACUUUCACGUCUCAAUUCGCAGCGCAAAAUUCUGCGUCGUCGUCUUCGAGACUUGUUUCUAACCCGCAAAUCAGUUUUGUUAUGAACAACAUUGGUUCCUCUCCAGCUGGGACUCCGAUUGUUUCCAAUCCUUCAAUCAAUGAGCCUGGACCAUCACAACGCGCACUGUAUGUGGGUGGUCCACACGCUUCCGAGGAUAUAAUAACCAAUAAUUUGGUCAGCCCGAAUGGGUGUUCUGCUCACAAUGAGCUUCAUAAUCUGAUUAACCGUGAAAAACAUACCGUGACUUCUACGGCCUCAACCUCCGAGUACCAUCCAGUCGUUUCCGCACUUCCAACGUCCAAUGAUGUUCUAACGGCGUGCUUAUUCGAUAUGCUUCCCUACAUGGACUGGAUCUGAAAGGGCUCGUUGGUCAGCGUCGGCAGCGCGAAGC